UUGAAAAGUUGAGACCUAAGUCAUGUGGAGAGGUGGAACUUGGUGGUAGCCUAUGGUAACAAAAAUGUGCAUCAGGCCUUCACCUGUGGUUGUCAAGUCGAGGGCUGAGGUAUUUAAAAUUGAAGUACUCAUGAGUGGACGUAAGCACAUCGUAGAGAAACGUUACAGUGAAUUUCAUGCACUUCACAAAAAGUUGAAGAACAGCAUUAAAACGCCUGAAAUGCCUUCAAAACAUGUGAGAAACUGGGUACCUAAAGUCCUGGAACAACGACGCCAUGGUUUGGAAGCCUACCUUCAGGUAUAG